AUGGAGCCAACCUACGAGGAUAUCAUCGGGUCUAAAAUCUUCAAAUUCAUCGUGGGCUCUCGAAAGAAGGAGUAUCAUGUACACGCAGCAGCAAUUUCUCCGCUCUCCAAGCCGUUGAACGUCUUGCUGGACGGGCCGCAUAAGGAAGCUCAGGAGCUAUGUGUGGAAUGGCCGGAUGUCGACGAGAAGACAUUUGUGCGGUUCACGCAAUGGGCUUAUACGAAGAACUACGUCACAGAAGAGCCGGACAUUGUGCUUGGCCAACACGACAUCCCAUGUUUUGAUGAUAAAUCUGGGGAGAACAAUGGCACUGAAUGCCCCUCUUCGACAUCGGCUUUCAUCCCGCGAAAGAAUACCGAAGGGUGCGAGGAUUACACCGGUGUUUUUAUGUGCCAUGCCAAACUCUACGUGCUCGGCGACACGUACGACAUCCCACAGCUGCGCCAGCUCUCUCUGCACCGACUUUAUGUUACUCUCAGGGAGUUCACCCUCUAUCCGAGCCGCUUCAACGAUCUUGCCACACUGGCUCAAUAUAUUUUCGACAACACGCGCCCAGAUGAUCGGAUCAGAGAGAUCAUCGCACUAUACUACGCUUGCAUAGUCGAAGAUGCUUUGAAACAUGACGGACUGCAGUCGCUCCUCGACACAACACCUGAGUUUGCUUUUGGGUUAAUCUCGAACAUGAGGGAGAGACUUUCCUGA